AUGUCCUCCAACAUCCCCAUUGCAGUCCGCGAUCGCGUCAGCGACAGGGCAAAGAAGACAAUCGAUAUUGUCGCCAAGUUCGUGGAGGAGGAAUGCAUUCCAGCUGAUCCCGUUCUCGAAGCCCAGGUCGGAGUUGGGGAGGCGAGAUGGGAAACUUAUCCUCCAAUUGUCGAGGACCUGAAGAAGAAGGCACAGGCUCUUGGGCUCUGGAACAUGUUCCUGCCCAAGGGCCAUUACAAAGAGUCGCCCGGGUUUACCAACCUCGAGUACGGACUCAUGGCGGAGUGGCUGGGCAAGUCAAGGGUAGCCUCGGAAGCAGUCAACUGUGCAGCCCCUGACACGGGUAACAUGGAGGUCUUGGCCAAGUACGCCAAUGACGCGCAGAAGGCCCAAUGGCUGAAGCCGCUGAUGGACGGUAAGAUCCGGUCGGCAUUCCUGAUGACGGAGCCCCAAGUUGCAUCCUCGGACGCAAAGAACAUUGAGAUGAGCAUCAAGAAGGAUGGCAAUGAUUACGUGCUUAACGGACAGAAAUGGUGGUCAAGCGGAGCCGGUGAUCCUCGUUGCAAGAUCUAUCUGGUUAUGGGCAAGAGCGACCCUGGAAACAAGAAUCCGUACCAGCAGCAGUCUGUCAUUUUGGUCCCAGCAGGCACCAAGGGAAUCACCAUCCACCGCAUGCUCACGGUGUACGGAUACGACGACGCUCCUCAUGGUCACGGGCACAUUAGCUUCGACAAUGUUCGGGUACCGGCAAGCAACCUUGUCCUCGGAGAAGGUCGAGGUUUCGAGAUCAUCCAGGGCAGACUCGGACCGGGCCGCAUUCACCAUGCCAUGCGAACAAUUGGGGCGUCGGAACGGGCGCUGGAAUGGAUGCUCAUGCGCAUCAAUGACCCAACCAAAACACCGUUCGGGAAGCAGUUGAAAGAGCACGGAGUCAUUCUCGAAUGGGUUGCCAAGUCCCGUAUCGAGAUUGAUGCUGCACGUCUGGUUGUCCUCAACGCAGCCAUCAAGAUGGACGAGUAUGGGCCCAAGGCAGCCUUGACCGAGAUCGCCGAGGCCAAGGUGCUGGUGCCCCAGAUGUCGCUGGUCGUCAUCGACAGGGCAGUUCAGGCCUUCGGAGGCGCUGGCGUUAGCCAGGACACCCCUCUGGCGAACAUGUGGGCACAGAUCAGGACCCUCAGGCUCGCAGACGGUCCUGACGAGGUUCACCUGCAACAGAUGGGGCGCAAUGAGAACAAGCGUGGCAAGGAGGUUGCAGCCAAGAUCCAGGCACAGAAGGAGAAGACAGCACAGUUGCUGGUCCAGUACAAAGACGCCAACGCCGCCAUGGCUAGUGCUCAGGAGCCCAUCGGCAAGCCUGACGUUAAGAGUAUGGAAUACCACCGACAGGUGCUGCAGAACAAGAUGCAGCAGGGCGAGACCAAAUAUGUCUCCCCGUCGGACAACAUCAUGAGCCCUUGCACGGCCAAGCUGAACGCUUUCCGCAACAAGCAGGUUGGGAAGGUCAAGCCAAAGUCGCUCUUCGCCCAGGCCUCCGUUAAGAAGUUGGAGGGCGAGAGUCUCUUUGGCAGCAGGCCCGCGGAUCCUCCGAAAGCCGACUGA